GGCUUUCAGGCCCACGAGGCCCACGGCUGGUUUUCUCUCUGUUUUUUCUGUUUUUGCCCUUGUUUUUGGGUGAUCAGAGCUGCAGCUUAUGUGAGAAGAAUUCAGAAAUCAUGGGAACCCCCGAGCGCUGCACACGCACAAAACUGGAAGGCAACCCUUUUUUUCUGCCAUUGCUUUCUGACACUACUGCCUCGUGCAUGGACAGAGAGUCCCAGUAAUAUACAUGUCCUCAACUGUAGAUGCCCAACAACUUUUGCGGCGAAAAGCCCGCUGUGGUAAAGAGAGAAAAGUUCGAUCGAAUGUCGGUCAGUUGAUCGAUGACCCUGAAGAUGAGAUAUCGGAAGUGGCCUUACUUCGUGGAGAGGAAGAUUUAGAAUGUUUGGAGACUGCGGGUAAUGAUGAAUUUGGGACCCAAAGUGGGACAAGCAUGGAGAUAACUGACAAUAUCGGUUAUUCCAAGGACGAAAGUUCACAAGCAUCACGAGGUCAAUUAAAGCAAAAGAGGGAAGGCGACAUUGAUGACAGAGAGACUUUUGGUCAUAAUGGGAAGAGAUUGAAGAUGGAUACAUGCACUAGUAAUGAGACAGUCAAUUCCAAUGAUUGGAUCUCAACGUUGCCAGAACAUAUAAUUCAUCAAAUUCUGUCACUGUUGCGUAGUCCGAAAGAAGUUGCGCGAGCUACCACCUUGUCCAAGAAAUGGAGAGAAAUCUGCUCCUCUUUCUCCAUUCUGAUGUUCGACCAACGGAAGUUCACAAAAGCAGAGAAACAUACUGGAAGUAGUAAGCAGCAGGAGUUUAGGGAGAAAACAGAAGUGUUCAUGAAUUUCGCCUCUCGCUCCGUGCAAAGUCGUCUUCAGGGUGGAUAUCAUAUGGAGAAAAUUCAGUUCCAUAUGACAUACUGUGAUGCGGAUUUUUGGUAUAGGAUCGCUAAUUGGUUAAGUCUCGUGGCCAAAAGCAAUGUCCGACAGCUGGAUCUCCACUUUCCACACAUGGAAAAUGGACCUUAUAAUUUGCCUCAGAGUCUCUUCUCUUCCUCAGCAAUAACUAGAUUAAAGUUGUUCAAUUGCAACCUAGGAACGCAUGUGGAGAUAAAGCUACCAAAUUUGAAGGGACUUUGCCUUGGCAAGCUCUAUAUUAGUGACUGUCGUGUUCGGGAUCUGAUCCGCUGUUGCCCUUUGAUCGAGGACUUGAGGCUCAUACACUGCACCGGGUUGGAGGAACUACUGGUCUCUGGCCUUGCUCAACUUGAUAAGCUUGAGGUGCAUUGCUGCCCUAAAUUGAAGAGUAUCCAAGUUGACGCACCGAAUCUUCAGACAUUCCGGUAUUGUAUUGAGCAGCAUAACCCCGGGUCCUGGCCCUUUAAUUUGUCUUUGGCCACUUGUAGAUCUUUAAAGUCGAUAGCCCUAAAGAAUGCGGCGUUGACAGAUGAAAUGUUCCAAUCAUUUCUCAACAAUUGUCCUUUACUGGAAACCUUGGAACUAAGCAAUUGCAAUUCCUUGAAAAGUGUCACGAUAUUAAGUAAGGUACUGAGACGUUUAGUCUUGAGACAGUGCAGAAUAUUACUUGAUGCUGAGAUUAAUGCCCCAAACCUUUGGUUCUUAAAGUUUGAGGGAAAUAAAAUGCCUUCCUUGUCAUUGUUACCCUCUGAUCUGAAGGAGGUAAAAAUUACUUUAAAAAAAGUGGCGUGGAACCUGCUACUUGGUAGUAACGAGGACCUCUGGUAUGAUAACUGGCGUUUAUUUCUAGGAAAGAUCAAUCAUUCAAGAGGAAUGAAAUUGGUCCUCCGCUGGAAGGAGAAUGUCAUCAUUCACGAAGACCUCAGAGACUUCUCGCCUCCUCCAAUAAAGAAUCUUGAUCUCGAGAUUGUUGACUCUUCCAGAGGGUUCAAAAACAUACUAGAGAGUUUGUUACGGACUUGGCAUCCCAAGGCUGUCAUUGUCGUAUCAUCUCCUAAUAACACAUUACCAAAGCUAGCACAUGGUUUGUUGAUGGAACGAGAUAAUCGUCUGAGUUGCUGCGGAUUUGUCUCGUAUGAGAACAAAUGUUGGAGGCACUUUCUAGAAAAUGUCAAGACUUUAGACAUCGGAUUGGCUGGAGAUGAAAGGACUAGUAGCUGGAUGUCCUUGUUCAAGUCAUCUCCAACGGUACUGCAGAAAUCAACUGGCUUUACAUUGGAUUGGAAGCCCAGAACACGUACCCACAAAGCGAAUCCCCCGAGUGAAUCUGAUCAGUGAUUUGCUUAUUUCAUAGUUUUUUCCUUUUUUCUUUUUGUGGAAACGUGCACGAUUGACAAGGACAUUUUUUUAUCGUGCAUAGAUGGAUUGCAUUAGGCCAUUAUGUGAAUGCCGGUUGUUCAUAGUUGACUUACUGAUAAAGUUAGAGGUUGCUGCUGAUUAUGGUUCAUGCUAAGCGCAUAUGUGCAAAAAGCAGAAAAGAAAGAAAAAUUUAGCUCGUCCACUAUUUGUUA